AUGGUUUCUGUUAGAAAAUUUGUUGCUGCGUCGGUUACUUUGGCCGGCACUAUUUCUGCUGCCUAUGUUAAUAAUACUGGGAACAAUUCGCCGUUAAAGCAAUCCGCAGUAACUAACGUUAAGUUGAAAGAUGUCUUGACAAACAGUCAGGCUUCUUACAGCAAAGAUAAUUGGUUUGCAUUUUCGUUCGAGAUCGAGAGAGGUGCUGAUGAUUCCAGUGUCUCCAUUACGGUUCCAGAUGAUUUUGGUAGUUUUCCAGUUGGUCCAAUUGAUCUAUUGAAUAGAGAUUGCGAAGUGGUUGGUUCUGUGACCAGUAAUAAGAAUGAGUUUACUGCUCAUUUUGAUGACAAUGACUCUGUAUUGGGUGCUUUUAACUUCCUAGGUAAGUUGACAGCUAGUGGUAAGGAUAAGAUCUCAGUCCCCGGUAAGGCAGACUACCUAUUCCCUACCAGUUCUUCAGGUAUUAUUCUAUCUACAAUUGAAUAUCUAGAGAGAAAGCCUACUGAGGUAAGAUCAUCUGCUGGUGUAGACGACGAAGGCCGCGGUUGGUUUAUGUUGCAAGUUCCAUUGUCAUUGUACCCAGGCGAGAUGGAGUUAACUGCCAAGUCCUCCGAAAACUUCAACUUUGACCCUAAAGCUACUGAAGUUACUCUAGUUACCUCUGUCAACGACCUACAGGAGCCAAUUGCUUCUUUCCCACUUGGUGGUGUUGAUCAGUCAGCUGAAUCCGGCUUAAUUCAAAUGAGAAUCCAAAGUAAGAUUUCUGGCGGCAAGUAUUUCCGCAUCAAGUAUUAUAUCAAGGAUGCUUCUUCUACUUGUGUCCAGGCUGCUCUUCAAUUGAAAUUCCCUAAUACUGAGCCUCUUAAGAUUUCCGAGACAUUAUGCUUCAAAACCGGUUCAAAUGUUCAAUUACCAGCUCAGCCAGGUACCUCACCUAUUGCUCCAUUUUGUGCAGGUGUGAAGAGAAGUGCAGCAUCUAAUACUGGACGUGUGAACUCUAACCAUACCACAGCUUUACCUACACAAGCUAACUAUACCGUUGUUGGUCCUACUCUGUUGCCAAAUACCACUCUCCUCCCUCGCUCAAGUGAGUAUUCUCUCCUACCAAAUGUGACCGCAAUCCCCCACACCGCUGCAGGUAACAAUACCGCUGCUCCUAUUGCUACUCCAUGUCCUGCAACAAACGCUACUCUUGCACCAGCUGCAGGUAAUGCUACUGUUGCACCAGCUGCAGGCAAUGCUACUGUUGCCCCAACUGCUGUCACAAAGAGCGCCACUACUCCCCUCACAUCUGCCCAAGCAGUAAAUUCCACAGUGGAACCAGCUGCACCAGCUCCAUCACCUAAACCUGCCCAAUCUAGUCAAAGUAUUGAAUGGUACUACGAAACCGUGUACAACACAGUCACCGAAACUUCCACAGAAAUCAACUGUUCAUUUGUUUAUACCGGUACCCAUUCUACCAGCUACCAUAACACUUCUUCCACUACACCAUACUAUGAGAGUACUAGUGAACCAGCACCAUAUCCAGUAAACACAACAACCGAGGCCCAACCAUCUUCCUCAGAAAGUAAAUCUAGUACAACUCCAUCGGCGUACGUAUCAAUCCUCACAACUCCUGAGGAAGACUUGGAACCUACACCUCUUCCAACACCAUCAGUUAGUUCUAAUGUGGUGACCUCAUACGAAUCCAAUACGCCAUCUUCAACACCCACCUCUUCUACCGAAGAUUCUGGAAAUUCAUCGUCUGACGGAGCAGGAAUGCUAAAUGCAAGCGCAUCUGGUCUAUUGAUCGGUUUGUUGGCUAUUCUCCUAUGA